AUGAGUGCUCGUGUUUAUAUAGGACGGUUGUCGUAUCGCGCUUCUGAGAGGGAUAUCGAGCAUUUUUUCCGUGGAUACGGGCGGAUUCGCGAUAUCGUCCUUAAAAAUGGUUUUGGUUUUGUGGAAUUUGAUGAUCCUCGUGAUGCAGACGAUGCAGUUUAUGAACUCAAUGGAAAAGAUCUAUGUGGCGAGCGAAUAAUUUUGGAGUUUUCGCGACGUGGACCGAGAGGACGCAUGGAUAGAUUUGGCAGUGGUGGGUAUGAUCGGUAUCCUCCACCGAGACGAGAAUCAAGGCCUGUAUAUGGACCUCCACAGCAGACUCGCUACCGUUUGAUUGUAGAAAACUUAUCAUCACGUUGUUCGUGGCAGGAUUUAAAGGAUAUCAUGCGAACAGCGGGUGAAGUGACAUUUGCUGACGCGCAUAAGCAACGUGCUAAUGAAGGUGUUGUUUGUUUUCUAACAAGGGAGGAUCUUGAACGUGCGCUCGAUAAACUUCAGGGGAAGGAGGUUAAUGGAAGAAAGCUCAAGUUAAUUGACGAUUCGGAAAAACGUGACAGUCGAAGCCGUUCACGUUCCAAUCGUCGAUCGAGAUCAAGAACUCGUUCUCGAAGCUCCCGUAGUCGUUCAUCUCGUUCACGCAGUAAAUCAAAGUCACGAAGUGCAACUCCAAAAAAGCAACGUAGUCGGUCGAAAGAGCGCAGCGCUUCAAAAGGAAGUCAUUCAAAGUCCCAAUCUCGCACUCCUUCAAGAACUUCACGAUCUCCAUCUCCACCCAAAAACGGAAAUAUUGAAGGCGAUGAACCAGUGGGUGGAGAAAAUGAACGAACCAGUCGUAGCCGAAGUCCAACUCCUGACUGA